CCGUCCGGAGCCGCCCCCGGGGCUGCGGCUCUGCCCGCGCUGCCGCCGCCAUGGGCAGCCCCGGAGCCGGAGCCGAGCGAGGAGCUGAGGCUGGCUGUACUGGGCACUUUGGAGUUUAAACCUCCCCCAUCUCAGAUGCCACAGCAGACCCAGAUGUUGGUGCAGCCCUGGACCUGCAGAAAGGUGCACAGGAGAACGGUGGUGAGCCCAUAGGACCAUGCUCUACACAAUGAGAUGUUGGCUCCCAGUCCUAGUCCUCCAGCUGGUCCUCCUGAGCCCACCACGAGUGGCAGCGUGUCCUGCCCGCUGCGAGUGUGCCCCGCAGCUGAGGUCGGUGCUGUGUCACCGCAAGCGCCUCACCUCCAUCCCCGAGGGCAUCCCCACCGAGACCAAGAUCCUGGAGCUCAACAAGAACCGAAUCCGCUGCCUGAACCCCGGGGACCUCUCCCCGUACCCGCUGCUGGAGGAGCUGGAUUUCAGCGAGAACAUCAUCUCCAAUGUGGAGCCGGGAGCCUUCAGCAACCUCUUCAACCUGCAGACCCUGCGGCUGCGGGGGAACCAGCUCAAGCUCAUCCCUCCUGGGGUCUUCACCAAGCUGACCAACCUCACCCUCCUGGACAUCAGCGAGAACAAACUCGUCAUCCUGCUGGACUACAUGUUCCAGGACCUGCGAAACCUGAAGAGCCUGGAGGUGGGUGAUAACGACCUGGUGUACAUCUCCCAGCGGGCCUUCUCAGGGCUGCUUGGUCUGGAGCAGCUGACCAUUGAGAAGUGCAACCUGACCUCCAUCUCAGCUGAGUCCCUCUCCUACCUCCAGAACCUGGAGGUGCUGCGUCUCCGGCACCUCAGCAUCUCCACGCUAGAGGACCAAAACUUCAAAAAGCUCUACAACCUCCUGCAGCUGGAAAUUGACAAUUGGCCACUGCUGGAAGACGUUUCCCCCACCAGCUUCCAGGGCCUGAACCUCACCUCACUCUCCAUCACCUACACCAACAUCACAGCCGUGCCCGCCGCUGCCUUGAGGAACCUGGUGUACCUCCGGUACCUGAACCUGUCCUACAACCCCAUUAGCACUGUGCUGAAGGGCUCCUUUAAAGACCUCAUACGGCUCCAGGAGCUCCACAUCGUGGGUGCUCUCCUGGUGUCCGUGGAGCCACAGGCUUUCUCUGGCCUGAGACAAAUCCGGCUGCUCAACCUAUCCAGCAACUUUCUGUCCACACUGGAGGAGAGCACCUUCCACUCUGUCAACACACUGGAGACACUGCGGGUGGACAGGAACCCCCUGGCCUGUGACUGCCGCCUCCUCUGGAUCCUGCAGCGGCGGAAGACGCUGAACUUCGACGGGCAGCAGCCCAUGUGCUCCUCACCACCCGAAAUCCAGGGCAAUGCCCUGCGCGACUUCCCGGACUCGGUGCUCUUCGAGUACUUCACCUGCCAGAAGCCCAAGAUCAAGGAUCGGAAGCUGCAGCACGUGACGGCCCGGGAAGGGCAGUCUGUGACCUUCCUUUGCCGGGCGGACGGGGAGCCAGACCCCUCCAUCUCCUGGGUGUCCCCCCAGCACCGCAUGAUCACCACCCGCAGCACGGGGCGGGCGACGGUGCUGCCCGGGGGCACCCUGGAGAUCCGCUUUGCCCAGGUGCAGGACAGCGGCACCUACAUCUGCAUCGCCAGCAACGCGGGGGGCAAUGACACCUACUUUGCCACCCUGACGGUCAAGGGGCGGCCGUCCGACGGCUCCCGCUACGCCAACCGGACUUUGUACCUCAGCGAGUUCAACGACACCUCCCACAACGACACGCAGGUCUUCUUGAAGUUUACACUGGACCUCAAGACCAUCCUGGUCUCCACAGCCAUGGGCUGCAUCACCUUCCUGGGCGUGGUGCUCUUCUGCUUCCUCCUCCUCUUCGUCUGGAGCCGGGGCCGGGGUCAACACAAGAACAACUUCUCCGUGGAGUACUCCUUCCGCAAGGUCGAUGGUCCCACCACCACCACCGGCCAAGGAGGAGCUAGGAAGUUCAACAUGAAGAUGAUCUAAGCCUGUCCCAGAGGAAAACUGUUGUGUGCUGCCCAGCCUUGGGCACGGCUGUAGUGGGAUGGGACCAGGGGGGUGUGGGAGCACUGAAGACAUCCCGGGACUGGUGGUAGGACCUUGCUGUGCUGGGACACAGCUGGUGACAUGCCAGAGGCCAGCGGGGUUGGCACCGCAGGGACCUGCAGGGUCAAGAAGCGAUGGCUGUGGCCAUCCUGGCCCUGCAGUGAGCGGCUUAGGGGCUGUCCUGGCUCCAGGGGCUCCCAAUGUCACCAACAUUUUCACUACCAACUAUGCAUUUCUCUAGCCAGGAGAUCAUCAGCAUUUGGGCCUGGGAAAAAAAUUGCUCCCUUUUUUCCCCCCUUUGUGUUUUUUUAAGAGACUCUACAGAAAACUUUCCUGGUGGUUGUUUAUGGUUCUUCUCUUUUCUUGUUGUUGGUUUUCUUUUUGGUCCAAUGAUUCUCUUUUUUCUUUUUUUUAAAUGAAUCUCCAAGAGCAAAGUCUUCCGGGGCAAUGUGGUGACUGGGGUGCUGCCCAGGGAGGUCUGUGCCAAGCUGGGGGCCUCCUCCAAGUCCUUGGCAAAGCUGGGGCACGGCCAUGCCUUGAGAACUUCCCAUUGUUGGAUUUAAGAAACAGCAGCUCAAAACGUGGGUGCUCGGGGACGCUCCUGCACAAGCAAUAAUAACCCACCCAAGGCCAGGCUCUGAGGAGCUGUCAGCAAGAAAAAAGGGGGGGAAAAAGGCAAAAUGAGGCCAAGGUUCUUAAAUUCAGAAGGAGCAGUGCAAGGGCCCCAUCUUUGCAUCCACCUGAGCCACUGUGGGACAGGGGGGGUGAAGGGGUGGGCGGUCAGGAUUGGUAUGGGUGCAAGAGGCACUUUUGAGUACAUUUUCUUUGGUUUGCACAGUCCUGCAGGAGAGCAGGAGCUGGCUUGUC